UUGGCUUGCCAACUGGUUUCCGGCUGGGUUGUCUCGGCUUCCGGUCGGCGCCGCGCUCAGUCGUGCGGUGACGGUGGGCGAGGCAGGAUGGUGCUGCUGCACGUGCUGUUCGAGCACGCGGCCGGCUACGCGCUCUUCGCGCUCAAGGAGGUGGAGGAGGUCGCGCUGCUGCUGCCCCAGGUGGAGCAGAGCGUGCUCAACGUCGGCAAGUUCCACAGCCUGGUGCGCCUCGCCGCCUUCGCGCCCUUCAAGUCGGCGCAGAGCGCCCUGGACAACGUCAACGCCGUCUCCGAAGGCAUCCUCCAUGAAGACCUGCGGCUGCUGCUGGAGACGCACAUGCCGGCCAAGAAGAAGAAGGCGCUGCUGGGGGUCAGCGAUGCCAAGAUCGGGGCAGCCAUCCAGGAGGAGCUGGGCUACACCUGCCAGACGGGAGGGGUCGUGGCCGAGAUCAUGCGAGGGAUCCGGCUGCAUUUCCACACCCUGGUGAAGGGGCUCACGGCCCAGUCGGCCUCCAAAGCGCAGCUGGGCCUGGGCCACAGCUACUCCCGGGCCAAGGUCAAGUUCAACGUCAACCGUGUGGACAACAUGAUCAUCCAGUCCAUCAGCCUCCUGGACCAGCUGGACAAAGACAUCAACACCUUCUCCAUGCGCGUCAGGGAGUGGUACGGGUAUCACUUCCCCGAGCUGAUCAAGAUCGUGAGCGACAACUACAUGUACUGCCGCCUGGCCAAGCGCAUCGGCAACCGCAAGGAGCUGGCCGAGGAGAGCCUGCCGGGGCUGGAGGAAAUAGUCAUGGACAGCGCCAAGGCCCAGGCCAUCCUGGACGCUUCCCGCUCUUCCAUGGGUAUGGACAUCUCCCCCAUUGACCUCAUCAACAUCGAGAGCUUCUCCGGCCGUGUCAUCUCGCUGUCCGAGUACCGCAAGGGGCUGCAGGAGUACCUGCGCUCCAAGAUGGGCCAGGUGGCCCCCAGCCUCUCGGCCCUCAUCGGCGAAGUGGUGGGCGCCCGCCUCAUCUCGCAUGCUGGCAGCCUGACAAACCUGGCCAAGUACCCGGCCUCGACGGUGCAGAUCUUGGGGGCAGAGAAGGCCCUGUUCAGGGCCCUGAAGACGCGCGGGAACACCCCCAAGUACGGGCUCAUCUUCCACUCCACCUUCAUUGGCCGCGCUGCUGCCCGCAACAAGGGGCGCAUUUCCCGCUACUUGGCCAACAAAUGCACCAUCGCCUCCCGCAUCGACUGCUUCUCCGAGGUGCCCACCAGCGUCUUCGGUGACAAGCUGCGAGAGCAGGUGGAGGAGCGCCUGGCCUUCUACGAGACGGGCGAGCCGCCGCGCAAGAACCUGGAGGUCAUGAAGGAGGCGGUGGCGGAGGCCACGGAGGUGGUGGCUGAGCUGAAGAAGCGGCAGGAGAAGGAAAAGAAGAAGGCGAAGAAGAGGAAGCAGCGGGAGAAGAGGCAGCUGGAGGCGCUGGCAGCUGCCGCGGCCGAGGAGGAGGAGGAGAACUCGCUGCUGGAUAUGACAACGGAAACCGAGGAGCUGAAGACGGAGCUCAAGAAGAAGAAGAGAAAGAGGGAGGCGACGCCAGAGCUCGAGGAGAACGGGCUGGAGGCCGAGGCCUUACCCCGCAAGAAGCACAAGGCGGCCAUAGAUGAGCCUGUUGCCUCGGACAAGAAGAAAAAGAAGAAGAAGAAGGCAGCUCAGGAUGAAGACGAGGACUGAGGGCGGGGGCUGGGGGGGCCCAGGAGGACUGAGGGCCCUGGCAGCUGCCGUGUCUGUCCCGCGUUUCUAGGCAGCCGCCUGCCUGUGAAUGUAGCCCGGCCUGGCCCGGGCAGCCUGCAUGGAGGCGUGCUCGGCCCUGGCGGCUCAGGUGAGUUGGUGCUGAGGGCGUCUCCUGCAGAGACGGUCGCAGAGUCCGGCUGGGCCCAGCAGGGCCACAGCUCGUGCCACGUGCCACUUGGGUCUUGGACUGGGCUGUCCUGGGGCUUCGCCUGCUCCUGAUACUGCUGCACUUGGCACAGCUGCUGCCCACUUGCCCGUCCUGCUCUGGGGCUGCAGCUUGGCUGCAUAGCCGCCUGCCUUGUGUGAGACUGAUGCGUCCUCAAUAAAGGUUGAUGCUGUUUCCA